AUGUCGUACCCAUACACCGAACCAAAUGAACGUACCGGGUACACAGAUUCUACUUGGCAGCACCCGUACAUGUCUGUGACGGGAGUUUAUGAAAACUCACAUAUAGAACCUAAACACAGCCAGCCAAUUUACCAACCCAGUCGCAGAGGGUCGACAUCGCACCAGAGGUCCAGUGAUAACUACAAACGGCAACCGGCCCCCGGGGAACCCUCUAGUCGCCGAUACCCACCCACCUCCAACAACAAAAUCUUUGGAAGGGACUAUUCCGAGCCCUACAACGCCGGUCCUUCCACUCGCCCGCGCAGCUCGUCGCACAGCCAGCCAACCUACCCGGCUGACAUCUUCCGGCCUCUGCAGCGCUCAUCCAGCACCAGAACCCGGCAAAACUCGUACUCUUCAUCCCAAAAGCCAUCCGGGGAGCGGUCGUGGAGUGCCUUUGGCGUUUCAUCAGAGAAUCGGCAUGACCCCUUUGGCAGACACGACACCCCCAAAGAGCAAUACCGGCAUGGCAGCGUGGUAGUUGAUGACGAAUAUGAUUCCAAGGAACGAUAUCCCAAGUCCCAACGCCACGAGGGCGCGGAACCUCGGGAAGACGAACGACGACGCCGUAAAUCAUCCCGGAAAGGCUCGCGCACCGGUGAUUUCAGGCCAGAGCGGUCGUCCCAGUACGAAAUGCUCCAGGCGGAGCUCGACAGUCUCCUGUCCGCCAAUGUCAAAGGGUACCGCAUGGCAGAGGCGGCUUGGACCCGGAAGGCAUGGCACGAAGCGUCGGUGAUCUACGGCCGGCUCGGCUCCGACCUGAUGCGCCUAGCAGACGUCGAUCGGCAGUUGGGCGGUUCGAACUACAUCGAGUCCCGGAGGCAGGCCGACAAAGCGGUCUGGCGGCAAAACAUGGCGUUGGAUAAAUGGCUAUCGUCGCACAAAAGACGGUACGAUCAUCACAUUGCCGACGCGGAAGCCUUUGAGUAUGGGCCCAAUAAGCACCUGGCCAAGGCUAACCAGUCGUAUGUCAGCGCCAUUAUGAUUCUGAUCGACCUUAAGCGUGUAUCUCCAUCGAGACUAGAGGCCCAUUUCCCCGGCCAUAUCGAGGAGCUGCAGUGCAAGCUGCGAAAGGUACAGGCAAAAAUCGACAAGCAAACAAGUGAGGAGGAUAGCAAGGCGGCCAGUGCAGUCAGGACGUUCAUUGGCCAGUUUCACCUCGUUGAGAAGCUCAUUGAACAGGGCGAAGGGCAACAGGCACGAUAUCAAUUUGAUCGAGCCAAGGAGACGCUUGUCAAGACACUUGUGACGUUGCCCCAGAGGUUUGUGCCUUCUAAGGAGUGGGUAGAAAAGAUGGGCCGGUCGAUCGAGGACCAGGAGAGGCGAGCCAAGGAGAGAUUUGGCAAGGACUGGUGA